AUGUCUAUCAUCUUGGAAUGGGCUCUGGGCCACUACGUGGACGGGAUUACCCUUCCUCCAAAACUCAAAUUCUGGCAAUCACGAGAGGACUUUGAGAUUCUCCGAAUCAUACCGACCGCAGACUUUCUCGGGGCUGAAAGCUUACUAAAUCAAGCGCUGACUCUCGCCAACCUACUCUUAGUGACGGAUUACAAAUUUCGAAACACCGUCGAUAAAACCGAGUUCUCGACGCAAAUAGCUAAAAGACUCUUGACACUAGAUGCAGUGCAAACUGCCCAGAGACAUUACAAGUACUAUUGUCACGCGCGGAUCGAUGGUCCUGAAAGAGAAAUCUGGAGCGAGAUUGUCUGGAGUUUUCCAGAGAGUAGCAGAGCUGUGAAGGAUUGGACGAUCUUUAUUUACGCUACUUUCACUACCAAGCUUAGAGUCAUCAGUAAAGCGAGCGAAACUGAAGAUCUCUCAGCAUUAAAGACCUUCAUACACGAAUGGCGCCCCUUUAUCAAGGUUACAUUCGAUCGUAUCAUGACUAUAUAA